AUGGCUUCUCUUACGUCUGAGAACACAGGGGCGGGCGAGCAAGUUCUCGUCGAGAAGGCAGCGGAGCUCCAGAUCUCCCAGCAUGCAACCGAGGAAGAGCCUGCGGCUCACAGGUCGCAUGAUCCCCAGUUCAACCAGAAGAGGAGCGAUCCUUUCCAAUUUGGCAGUCGCUUGCUGGGCGAACAGGACGAUGUCUUCGAGUUCAACGCUUGGGACCAUGUCGAGACUGACGAAGUGUACAAGGAGUACUCUGAGCAGCAGUACGAGAUGCAGCGUCAGUCUCCGGUCUCCGACUUUGACAAAAACAGAUUAAACAACAACCCAGCAAGAAUGUGGGAUUUGUUCUACAAAAACAACACAGCCAACUUCUUCAAGAACAGAAAGUGGCUGCAGCAAGAGUUCCCUAUCUUGUCCGAAGUGACCAAGAAGGACGCUGGCAAGAAGACGAUCCUUGAAAUAGGCGCUGGUGCGGGUAACACCGCCUUUCCCAUUCUUGCAACCAACAAGAACCCAAACUUGAGAGUCCAUGCCUGUGAUUAUUCGAAGCAGGCCGUAGAGGUCAUGCGGACCCAUGAAUCCUACAACCAAGACCACAUGCAAGCCGACGUUUGGGACGUUACGAGCGAAGAGCUCCCUCCCGGGCUAGAGGAAGGAUCUGUGGACGUUGCUAUACUCAUUUUCAUCUUCUCCGCCUUGGCUCCGAAUCAAUGGACCCAAGCUGUUGCCAACGUCCACCGUCUGCUCAAGCCGGGUGGCCAGGUCUGCUUCCGCGACUAUGGAAGAGGUGACCUUGCCCAAGUGCGCUUCAAGAAGGGACGCUAUCUAGAUGAAAAUUUCUACGUGCGCGGCGAUGGCACUCGUGUGUACUUCUUCGAAAAGGAAGAGCUCGAGCGAAUCUGGUCCGGCGAGACACAAGAAGCAUCGGACGAGGCCAAGGCUGAAUUCAACGUCGAUGAUCUCGGUGUCGACAGACGCAUGCUCGUCAACAGGGCUCGUAAGCUCAAGAUGUACCGAUGCUGGAUGCAGGGACGGUUCACGAAAAAAUGA